CCCCUCCCCCCUCCUGGAAGAUGAAUGGCGUAUAAAAUAUUUUUGUUUUGUAAUUGUGGAAGAUGCAGACUUUUUACGUGCGGUCGGACGGCAUCGAGGAGAAAAUGCUGUUAUCUCUUCACAAAUUGAAAGACACAAACAUAAAUUAUAGUAUAUAGUUAUAUAGUAAAGUAUUACAAGUAUAUAGGAGGAAGGAUUUGGCGGGAGCGCGUCGUUGGUCGUUCAAUUGUUGAGCGACUUUGAAUAGGUGGGCGGGGUUUUAGUGGCAAGGCCGGCGAGGAAGAAUUGGCGGGGCGGCGGGUAAGGAGAGGAAGAGCGGGAGGAGAGAGGGGAAGGGCAGGAGGGAAGGAGGGAGGGGUGGGAGGAGGAGAGAAAGGAAGGAGGGGAAGUAGAGAGGGGCGGGAAAGGAGAAACGAGAAGUAAAGCACCCCCCCUUGAAGAGGGGGGUGGGGUUUUCAGGUCAGCGACGGGAAAGGGGGGAAGAAGCGGGGAGGCGGGGGAGGUCGGUAGAUCCCAGUCAUGGCAAUGGCGGGAAUUUCUACCGCGUGUGUCUUUAGGUGUGGUGGUGCAUCGGGGACAGAAUUGGCGGGAAAUGAGAACUCGUCGAAAUUUCAACGACAGGAAAAGGCGCGAAACGACGGCGGCAACCAACUGUACCUAAAGAAGGUUGGGAGAGGGAGGUGGUCUGUGUGCGGUCCAGUUUAUUACAACUCGAGCUCCAGUAUAAAGGAGAGGAAGCGACUGUCGGUCCCACCAUCGCCGUCAUUCUUCUCUCCUCCUUUGUCGUCUUCCUCGCCAUUGCCAUCGCCAUCAUCUUCCUCGUCAUUUUCCUGGACAUCGUCGUUGACAUCUCAAGCAGGAAAAGUAGGCAGGCUAUGGAAGAGGAACACAUCGUUUGAAUCAUCGUCUUCCUCUCCUUCUUCGUCUUCUUCGCCUUCUUUGUCUUCUUCUUUUUCUUCUUCUGCUUCUGCUUCUUCUUGUUAUUGGUCGUGGUCUUCGGCAUCAUCUUCUUCCUCGCCGCCAUCGCCGCAAGCUGUCUCGAGAUGGUGGCGAGCUCGGGGAGACGAAUCUUGGCCAGCCGGCGAUGGUGGUAUAGUCGGGGUCGGGGCGGCAGCAGCAGCAGCAUCGCCGUCCGCAGCAGACUCCGUAGUUACAGAUGUGGAGUGCAUUGAGAGCGGAGUGGUGGUUGGGGAAGUGGAGGUGGUAGGGGAGCCUCUCGGUGGAGGGAAGCUCAAUUUGAACGAAGAGCCCAACGACGUUGUCGACUCGAGUGUUCGCUCUAGUGGUGGUGGUGGUGGUGGUGGUGGCAUCGAUUAUCAGAGGGAUUACUUCACCGCGGCGAACCGGAGACGAAGCCAGGGAACCAUAGCCGUUCAUGCAGAGAAGCAGAUCAAUCGCGGUUCUCUGCACCUGUCCACAAACACGUCCAGAUUCAGGCGCUUAAUCCUACUCUCGUUGCUAGUGGGGCCUCGCCCCCGGGCUCAACAUCUCUUUGGAGAGGGAGGGGUUGGAAUGGGGUCUUACGCGCCGGAAUGAUGCAUUGUGUUUUGGAAACAACAACAAAAAAAAAAGAAGUGCCUUUGCUCAGCAAAUGAAGGGUAUAUGGGAGA